CAUCUGGCACUGCAAGUCAAUUAUUGUUACAACAAUGGAAAGGAAAUUAUAAUACAAUUUACAUAAUCAUUUUAAUACUUCUCUACAACUCAAAUUGUUAUUCGCUUGCAAUCGUUUAGAUUGGAGUAUUCUAAAAUGGUUUUGUAGGAGUUAUGGCCAAACAACUUCCUUGCGUAUUUGCAACAUGCAUCAUACUGUUCUUUUUGGGAGUGGCAGCAGAAGAUGAACCAGCAAUAAAAGUAACCAUACAAAAAAUAGAAAUUAUUAGUGUCAAUAAGGAAUAUGUACAAGAGGAACAUGUAGCAUUAUUUCAAUAUAAUGCUACCCAUCAAGCAAUUAAUGCCUCGGGAAGAUUGAUGAAGGAUCUUGGAAUGCAGCUAGAUGAUAAUGCCGAUAUAUACACCAUUGAAGAUGGUGCCCCUCAUCUGUUGACAUCCGCGAAAGAUAUUCAUAUAUGCGAUAUACUUAGCGGAGAUUAUCCAGAGUUGGAGCAGUUGUUUAAGUUUGGAAAUUUUACUAAAUGUCCAAUGAAAGCUGGAUUCUAUGCAGGGGUAAAUGCUAUAGUGGAUACCAGCUCCGUUCCUGCUAGUGUACCCAGAGGCGAAUUUAUAAUAGAUGUUAAAACCUCCAAUGGUCCAACUGAAAUUCUGCAUACCAAAACGUUUCUUAAAAUUGAAGAUGUUCCAGUAAAGAAAGCUAAGUAAAUAAUAGUGGUGACAAUGUAUUCGAUUGGUAAUGGGUGAUA